CUCGCAAGGUCGGUCCUUCCUCUUGUCUGGUCUAGUUAAAAUGGCGACUUGCCGCAUGAGUUGUGGUGCGUUUUAGUUGAAUCUAUCUCAGUUUCCAAGGGCAUUUUAACAACCACCUUGCCCCCAUUUACGCUGUCCAUGUGAACGAUGUUGCGGGUUCUGAAAUCUGCCCCGUUUGUGUGCCAAUAUGUCGCGAAACCGGCUUUUUCGGCGCUGCUACCGGUGCAUGGCAGCGCCUGCCUUUCCGUCGCUGCUCGACCUUUAACACGGAUUUCACACGGUCGGGGACAUGAAGCAUUGGGAGGAAGCUUCGCUGUGCAGGCGGUGAGACACUACGCGCGCCCUUCAAGAAGAAAGAAAGCCCCCCCUAGCCAGCUCGACGACCUCUCCCCGGCCACGCUGAAGAAGGAUUACGCAGAAGUGCCACUCCUUAACACGGCUGAUGAUUUGAUCAAACGGCUUCUAUCCCUGGAGCUGGGGAGCCAUAAAGAUCGGCUGAAGGUGAAAGAACAGCAGCUGGUGGAGAAAGUCAGGAGGGAUGAUCAUGAUCGCAGCUCCACCGAAGUGAAGGUGGCCCUCCUGACGGCACGGAUCCGGAACUACCAGGAGCACAUGCACAAACACCCCAAGGUGAGGCUUGUGCGAGGCAGGCGUGCCACGUCACACUGUUUUUCACACCGCCGCCAUAGGGACAAAGCCAACAAGCGCCGCAUGCUGAUGGCCAUCGACCGGCGGAAGAAGCACCUGAAGUACCUCCGCCGUACUCGGCACGAUGCCUUCGAGCUCGUGUGCCAGCAACUGGGCAUCACAUACACUCUUCCACCGCCGUACUACAGGACCCUGACCAAGCGCUGGAUGGCCAAGAAGGCCUUCUGCACAAAGGUCUUUGAAGUGAUCCAGAGGCGGAGGGCGAAGGAGAAGGAGGCGCGGAAGGAGGCCGCCGCAGCCGCUACGGUGGUCCAGGAGGCGGCAGAGCAGGACGAGGAUGCCCGGGGCACGGCGGCGUAGGGGUGGGGUCACGUCUACCCCUCUGUGACUCUCAGCACCACUGUGGCAGGAAGAGGACCGUACGCAUUUCUCCUUUCUCAGUCGGGGCUUUGUUGGGCUGCCGCCUGACCGAUUCAACCUCAUCUAAAGAUAUUUUGGUUUUGGUUUUCAUUGCAUUACAUGACUGAUCCAGUUGGUGCACUUCCCAUAUCCAAGCCACCAAAAAGCCUGUCUCUGCAAAUAGGACUGAAAGUCCAUUUUAUUGACACGUCUCUACCUUCUUUUCUGCUGUGAGCAGCUUGUUUCAGUACCCGAUUUGGGGCAACGAAAGGAGAAUUCUGUGUUUAGAAUUCUUUAAAUGUAGUCAAUAAACAUUUUGUCUCUGUC